AACAGCAUUCUUUCACCCCUGGCCCACUGAGCAAAGGCCUCCCAGCCACUCUGUUUACCAGCACUUUAAGAAAAGUGAGCUUUUUUCUAAACAGAUGUAACUGAAGAGGCGAGGUCAUUUUGCAUGCUGUGCUUAGUGAAGUGCGCUGUAUUGUGUGUUUCAGGUGAAUAUGUUUUAAGUUUGUGAGAUUUGUGUAGGUGUAGUAAUCCUUAACGAUUAAGUCUCCACCGUGAAAAACAUUAACCAGCCUACGGUGUACAUGAAGUGGAACAGGGGUCAUUUGCAGGAAGAAAAACUGGCUAUUAAUGCCUUUUUAUCCCAAUGGUAACCUGAUAACAGAAGCUUUUCCCUCAGCUGUUACAGUGUGAGGGCGUGAGCCUCAGGGGGCUCAAAGGGUUAUAAACAAAAUCCGGAAGCUGAAACUUUCUGCCGGAGCCUCAGCGUCAGCACAUAUAUAAGGUAUCGGCGUCUGCCUCAAGCACCGGAGUGUUUGUGGCUGCCUGGGAGCAGGAGCUAGGAAACCCUGGAACAUGAUACGACUCCUAGCCGUAUUAACGUGCUUGCUGGCCGGCUGCUCGGCCCAGAGGCCUCACCCGUGCUCAAGUCCCCCUCUUCUGAGCGGAGCCCUCACUGUGUCCACACAGAAUGAAAAGGGAUGGGCCUAUGCGCAAUACCUGUAUGAUGCACUGGGACAUCGGAUACGGCUCAAGGAGCUGGGCAUAUAUGAGAAUAAGAGCUUCACCUACGAUGCUCUGCUGCUCUACAGAGAGACUACCAUGUAUGAGAUCGUCGAUUCUAACCGUACGUGCAACAAAAGGCCUCUGAAGACAGACUUCCAGCCUCUGGGAAUCCCAAAAACUGCGUCUCUGCUGGGCCAGGCUGUUUUGGGCAGCUCCUCUGCACCUGGAGAAGGAAUCCUGGUCAACACCUGGACGGGAGAUCUGCCCGGCAAAGCAGGAAAGUUCAUGAGCACCGUCACUGAAUUCGGAUGCAUUCCUGUCAGCACUGUGUACCACACUGAUCAGUUUGGAUGGAUGACUUUAAGUUUCUUUAACAACGUCAUCGGGAUUACGGAUCCCAGUCAGCUCAACCCUCCGGACUUCUGUCCAGAUCCAUCGACAAAGGACAGUACAGAGGAGCCAGCGGACUUUCUCAGCUUUUUCCUUAAAAAGCAUUAAGGGACUCCUUUAAUUAAAGUCUUAAACCUUCUUUGAGAUUUUUGUCUAAUUUUACAAAUUUUCAAAUUUUAUAUUUUGUUUUUUUAUGUGAGGGUUUCUGGCUUAAACUUCUGAAUGUUUUCAUAUUACCAAUGGAUUUAAAAACUAUGUAUAAUGUGAAAGGGGAUUGAUCGUAGUGACUAACUCACAGAGAAUUAUCACCUGACUCUGCAGUUCCUCUGAGCUCCACAGUGCGUUUUAGCGUCUUUAAAGUGUAUCACUUCCUUUUUCCAGACGCUGGCCUCCGAAUGAAUGCUAAUGUUUCUCACUGUCUGCUAGAUAUGUUAGUCAGUCGUUUGCUAACAUGUUCACCGAAACGCCGGCAGACGGUGUCGACAUGUCAGUGUUGUGUUUUCAGUUUGUUUCACUGCCUUCGAGUGCUUAAAAAAAGAAAUCAGUAAGUGCAGCUUUAAAAAAUUAAAACCAGAUGACUUCAGCCUUCUAUCAAACAUACACAAAAAAUAUUUCGCCUCAGAUGAAAAAUAAACAAGCAUCUGCAGUUUUCUUCAACAACAUGGCCCAAAUUAUCAUGACUGUACCUACAUUACUGCUACAUAAACAGGCUAUUGUUUCAUAUUUACUUACCAACAUACUCCCAUUUUCUAACAAAGAACUGUGUGACCCCCAUGUGAUUUUUAGAAAUAAAACUGUAAAAAUACUAAACAAGUGUGUUUAUUUUGCCUUGUCUCUGUGUACAGUGACAAGAUACAAUACAUAGAAUUGUAAUAUUAAGGAAUUUGAGAGUUCACAGAAUCUACAUCUUAAUAUAAUUGGCCAGGAGACUACAGUGAAAUGAAAUAACAUGAGCACAUCAUACCACACAUCAACAGCCCUGAAGUUUGACAAAAACUUGUUAAAACUGAUUUCUAAUAAUAAAAAUUAAAGUUGAAA